ACUUGUCAGACCCGGGCUCCGUCUCCUCCCGCAUCCGGGCUCCGCCCGGGGCCAGCAAACGCUGCGCAGAAGCGGCCACAACGCGCGCAGGAAGCAGCGAGGCUCGGGCCCCGCGUAAGGGCGGAUCCUGCCCAGCCGGUCCGCUCGUGGCUGGCUCGCCGGCGGCGCUGGGAGCAGAGCAAACGCGGCUGUCCGGGCGGCUGGGACUCCCGCUGUUUAACCGAGGGCCUGGGCCUGGCUCCACUUGCCGCCCGCCCCCGGCGGUACUGGAGCGGGUGCUCCACGGUGCGGCAGCAGCGGCCACGGGCCUCUCCGCCCCGGAGACCGGUCACCGCGGUGGGCCCCGGCGUGGCACGAGCAGGACAAAGUGCAGCGCCGGGGGGAGCUGAGAAGCACGACCCGAGGAGCAGCGCCCCGCAACAGCCGCCAGCACGCGUGGGGGGGGAGCCCCCGCUGAGGGCCAGAGCUCGUCUGAGUGUGGCCGCGACUAGCCCGCGCGGGCAGCCCAAGGCUCCUGGCGGCGCUGACCCGCCCCUGGCAGCCGCGGCGCCUCCAGGCACAGCGAGCCCCUCCCGCGUGGGCGAGCCCCACUCGCGGCCGGCGGCCCUGCCCACGGCAGCCGCGGUAUCGCAGCCGGCCCGCCUGGCCUCCGAACAGGAAGAGGAACCACCUCGCCCGCCGCCUCCCCGCCCACGCGCGACGGGGGCAGAGCGGCGCGGCCCCUUUGAGAGCCCGGCUGGCGGCCCAGCCGCGCGCAGCGGGGAGCCGGGCGCCCCGGGCCGGCGGGGGCUCUCGCCCUGCGGGCGGCCGGGGCUCGCCAGCCCCGCCCGGGCCCCCAUGGCUCCUCCCGGCGCCUUCGGACACCUGAGCCUGGCGCUGGGCGCCGCCGUGGCCGCCCUGGGCUCGCUGCUCUUCAUCGCCUGGAGAACGUACUUCCCCGGCGGCGGCCGCUGGGGGGCGCGCUGGGGGCCGCCGCCGGCCGCGGGGCAGCUGGAUUUCUCCAUGCGGCAGGUCCUGGUGCUGGGCCUGGAGGGAGCUGGGAAGAGCAGCGUUCUCCACUACAUCUCCAGUGAGGCAGCCAAGGACCGCACAGCACCCACCCAGGGCUUCAACUCAGUCCAAGUGUACGCAGAAGGCUUCCAGAUCGACCUGCUGGAGCUCGGUGGCAGCCAGAACUUGCGAUUUUACUGGAACCACUACCUGAGUCAGGCCCACGUGCUGGUGUUCGUAGUGGACUCUUCAGACGGGCCACGCCUCCCUACAGCUCGACAGGAGCUGCAUUGGCUGCUGGCUGAGGAUCCUCGGUUGCCCUUGGUCGUCCUGGCCAACAAACAGGACAAGGGUGAUGCCCUGAGCAUAGCUGAGCUGCACCAGGAGCUGGCCCUGCACACGCUGAAUGGACAGAGGGAAUUCUUCCUGCUGCCCACGAGCGCCACUCACGCUGCGCUGGCCACUGCCACCAGCAUCCGGCGUGUGAAGAGUCUACUGGUGGAACUGCUCUCCCAGCUCUGAAGUGUUCUUCACGCUCUAGAGACGGGCAGGUUGGACUGACCCUGCUGCUGCUGGUCUUUGCCUGGAACUGAGGUGCUGGACUGGAGACUGCUGGCUCUGCACUGUCAGGGGCCAGAGCCGCUCUACUGCCAUGCUGCUAUCCCCCAUCGGGUUCUCUAUGCUCCCCUGGGGAGAUGCUGUGCAGUUACACCCCCUUGGGAUCUAUGCACGCUGCCCUCAGGACGCAGCGGCCCAGCCCAGUCAUGGAUCUCUGGUGAGAUGGGAGAACAGCCUUUGUCCCCAUGCAGCUCACGGACGGAGUCUCCCAUCUCUAGCUGGGGCACAGUGAUGUUUACACACAAUAUCCUCAAGCCCCCCAGUGACACUUAAAUUGACAAAUCUAAAUGAAGGAUACGUAGGCAGGCCCCCUGGGUGCUUCCUGGCACAGGGAGGGCAGGAGAUGGGGCAGAGGAGGGGCCAUAGGAGCUCCUGCAAUGAGGCUCUUCUCUGGCAGGCAGCAAUUGUCUUUCCAUGGUGCGAAGGGAGCAGAAUCCCUCAUGGGGCCAGGGCUCCUGCAGUGGGGUUAAUGGGGCUGCUGGUACCAUGCUGUCCCGUGGCCAGUUACUGCCCUCUGCUAGGGAGGAGUCUCCCCGGGCCCCACUCCUGUCUGCUCGCAGUUGCAAAGAGACAGCGGCUCUUUACAUGUACUGCUGCUGGGAAUGGGCCAGUCUGGCCAUGCAGGGGAGCCCACGUUCUCGGGGUGAGACUGGCCCCUCUGCUGGCAACGGGAGGAGGUGGCAUUUUUGUCUUGCUCUGCUCAUUGGAGCUGGCUAGCCAGGGUAGCUUCUGCCCAUGGAGGGACAGUUGCGGGCGGAGGCUGGGGAGAGUCCAGUUGGGGCAGCUUUUCUCCCCUGCCUCACAGGGACUCUUCCCUUCCCUUUAAAAAGCUUUGCAGGCAGGUGUCUCCCAUGGCUGUGAGCCACGACAGGUACCGGAGCCACAGUGAGGGGACACCUGUGCUGCUAACCCCCAGGAAAGGGGGAAGCUCCUGGAGUCAGUUGCUGCCCAAGCCGUCCGGCCUGCAGGGACAGAUGGGGUAGGUGCCUAAUAGACAGAGGUGCUGGUGCCAGUCCAGCCUCCAAGCAAAAGUCUGCAGUUGGUACAGGUACAUCCCUGCACUCACACCCACCCACGGUGAGGAAAGGCAGUUGAGGCUCCUACAGGCCUGUACUGGGUCCAUAUGCUGUGUCUGGAGCAAAGCUCCACUGGGAGAGUAAAUCACCCCCAGCAGCCGUGGCUGAAGCAUUCCUGAGCAGCCCCAGAAGUGGGGCAGAGAGCCCUGCCAGAGCAUGGGCUCGGAGUCCUUGAGAAGCAAGUGGGAGUGAGAGGUGCCUUGCUGGGAGACAAAGGAGGGGCAGGUGCCUGCUGUUACACAGGAAGGGUGCACCUGCCCAUUCCUGUCUCCAGCUGCCUAAGGGCCAGGUGCUUCCCUGGCUUGUAAUCACAGCCUGGGUGUGGAAGAGGCCAAGGGUAGGUUGGUCUGCCUGCCCCAUGCUCAGCAGGAGAUGGGUGUAGAAGGGGAGAGGGGUGUUUUCUAGAGCUCUUUAGGUGCUCCUUGGGGAGCAACUCUUCCCCAAGCCAAGUAGUUGCUCUGCUUCCUGCUACCCCCAUUCCUUCCCCUCUCCUUGUGUUAGGAGACGAGGCAGGGUGCGGGCAGAGGAGCUACAGGGCCCCCCAGCACUGGUGCAGCGCUACUUUAAUGCAUUCAGGCCAUUUGCUGCUGCCAACCCCAGGGCUGGAAUUGCAGAAGGACACAGGCAGGGGGAUCUUGUGCAGGCUGAGUGAGCAGAGCCUUCAGGGUCAGUAGCACUCAGGGCUGGCAGCUGCUCUGUUACCAAGGGGAUAAGCCUGAGCCUUGUGCAGUAAGUCCCUCCGUGCAGUACCACGGAAAAGCCCCUGGGAGGGGCAGGCAUUCUCUAGGGCCAGUGACAUUCAGCCUGAGGCAGGGGAACAACAAGUGGCUCUUUGCUGCUCCUGCUAUGAAAACACUGAUUUCAUUAACCAGUCAGGCUGCUUUUACUGUAUUAACCAAUUGUGGUUGAUAAAAAUACUUGGUCAGCCAUUUUGCUGUGAGAAUAAUCUAUACAAACUAAAUAUUUCCCCGUCACACUGUUUAAAUAUGACUAGUACAAUAGUAAAUGGAACGAUGAAUUCA